UCUCGUAGUCUAACCUGGAUGAAUGCGUGAUUAAAAUUCUCAGCUGAAAAAAAAAAUCAGCAUCCAUUCCUCGCUGCUGUCCGGGCCAGGUUUUGAUGCAGCGCCGCCACUUGCCGGAGCACUUGGAUUGGCUGAAGGAGCAAGGUAGCCCGCAGAGACGGCUCCUUGCCCUGGUUCGUUCAGUGCCGUCAGUGGAGCGCUGGAGACGCGGUGCACGCACACACACUGCUCUCCCACUGCACGAGUGAAAAAGGGUUCUGCACAGACUCGGACUCUGCUGGACGGACUUUGCUUUCAUGUGGGAGCAUGAAUUUGCCGUCAGAACAUCGAUCCACACCUCUAGCAAGUGAACCUUUAGAGGGAAAAGCAAGCGGAUACAGAUUUUAAUGCAACAUCCUCUGUGACAGAGGGCGAUGCACCCACCUCUUGUUUCAUAAAGUGUCACAUGUUUGCAAAAACACUGCGCUGGAUAUAUUUUGUCGAAAGCCAUUUUUUCUUUCUUUUACGCCCGGGUUGUGAGGGUUUGUGGAGUGCUGCGCAGCGUAACGAGGGACACCAGCGCGCAUUUCAUAUCAAUUUCUCAGUGACUGGGACUCGCCUUAGAGCGUAGUUUGACUCCUCAUCAUGGGGUACUCUGCGCGGACUGACAGAGAAGGAGGAAGAUCGCCGAGAUCCUGUCCUGAGAUGCCGACCGUAUCCUGGCUUUUGCUUUUCCUCCUGGUUGACAUCGGUGUAGCUCAAGUUGAGGAUGACUUCAUUGGUCUCGGUGAGCUGCCAGAAACGUUCCCCUCAGACCCCCCAGAGCCGCUGCCCGUGUUUUUAAUGGAACCAGAGGAGGCCUACAUAGUCAAGAACAAGCCUGUUAACCUGUACUGCAAGGCCACACCUGCCACCCAAAUCUACUUCAAGUGCAACAGCGAGUGGGUUCACCAGAAGGAGCACACUGUGGAGGAGAGGGUUGACGAGAACUCUGGUUUGGUCGUGAGGGAGGCCAGCAUAGAGAUCACUCGGCAACAAGUGGAGGAAUUGUUUGGGCCAGAGGACUUCUGGUGUCAGUGUGUGGCCUGGAGCUCCGCUGGGACCACCAAGAGCCGCAAAGCUCAUGUCCGCAUCGCCUACUUGAGAAAGACAUUUGACCAGGAACCUCUUGGAAAAGAAGUGUCACUUGAACAGGAAGUGUUACUUCAAUGUCGCCCACCCGAAGGCAUCCCAGCUGCUGAGGUGGAGUGGCUUAAGAACGAGGAGGUUAUCGACCCUGCAGACGACAGAAACUUCUACAUCACCAUUGACCACAACCUCAUUAUUAAACAGGCUCGCCUCUCUGACACGGCCAACUACACCUGUGUGGCAAAGAACAUUGUGGCGAAAAGACGCAGCACAACUGCCACAGUUAUUGUCUAUGUGAAUGGUGGAUGGUCGACAUGGACAGAGUGGUCAGUGUGUAACAGCCGCUGUGGCCGUGGUUACCAGAAACGCACACGGAGCUGUACUAACCCAGCGCCACUCAAUGGCGGUGCCAUCUGUGAAGGGCAAGGCAUCCAGAAGCUACCGUGUAAUCCUCUCUGCCCAGUGGAUGGCCUGUGGACAGAGUGGAGUAAGUGGUCCACCUGUGGGACAGAGUGCACCCACUGGAGGAGGAGAGAAUGCAGCGACCCAGCACCCAAAAACGGGGGAAAGGACUGUGAGGGCAUGGUGCUCCAGUCUAAGAACUGCACCGAUGGGCUGUGCAUGCAGAGUUCCUUAUAUCAGAAGUCCUCUGAGGCAAAAGACAAGAGUGAUAUUGGAAAUUCAUUGGCCCCCACUACUGAUGAUGUAGCUCUUUAUGUGGGUAUUGUGAUAGCAGUGAUCAUGUGCCUGGUUAUCUCCGUCGUCGUGGCACUCUUCAUCUACAGGAAGAACCACCGGGACUUCAGCUCUGACAUCAUUGAUUCCUCUGCCCUCAACGGAGGGUUCCAGCCGGUCAGCAUUAAGACCGCUCGCAAAGCUGAUCUCCUAUCAGCACCCCCUGACCUGACCUCAGCAGCUGCCAUGUACCGCGGCCCAGUUUACGCUCUCCAUGACGUGGGUGACAAAAUACCCAUGACCAAUUCUCCUCUGCUUGACCCGCUCCCUAACUUGAAGAUUAAGGUGUACAAUUCUUCAGGCUUAGUGACUCCACAGGAUGACCUAGGAGGAGAAUUUUCCUCUAAACUGUCACCUAAGCUGCCGCACUGCCUACUGGACAACGGUGACAACACAAUGGGCCGGCGCACACAGACCCAGACGUUGCUCCGCACCAGGGAUCCAUCAUGCACUGCUCUGGGCUCGUUCAGCUCCCAGGGAGGACAGCUUAUUGUGCCCAACUCAGGGGUUAGUCUGCUAAUUCCUGCAGGGGCUAUUCCUCAGGGCAGAGUGUAUGAGAUGUAUGUGACAGUUCACAGGAAGGACAACAUGAGGCCCUCGGUGGAAGAUGGCCAAACGGUGCUCAGCCCCAUGGUGAGCUGCGGACCCCCGGGGACCCUGUUGACUCGUCCGGUCAUCAUCACCAUGCAUCACUGUGCCGUGUGCGAUGGCCAGCAGGACUGGCUGAUCCAGCUCAAAAGCCAGUCGCCGCAGAAUCAGUGGGAGGAUAUAGUGGUAGUAGGAGAAGAGAAUUUCACCACACCUUGCUAUAUCCAAAUGGAUGACGAGGCUUGCCACAUCCUGACAGAGACGCUGGGCACCUACUGCCUCGUCGGUCAAUCUCUCAGCGCUGCCACCACUAAGCGCCUCAAACUAGCCAUCUUUGGCCCCGUCACCUGCCCAGCCAUGGAGUAUCACAUCAGAGUCUACUGCCUGGACGACACACAGGACUCACUCAAGGAAGUCCUUCAAAUGGAGAAGCAGAUGGGUGGGAAGCUGUUGGAUGAACCAAAGACUCUCAUCUUUAAGGACAGCACCCACAACCUGAGGCUUUCCAUCCAUGAUGUUCCCCACACAUUAUGGAAGAGCAAACUGCUAGCCAAGUACCAGGAGCUUUCCUUUCAGCAGGUGUGGAGCGGCUCACAAAGGAACCUCCACUGCUGCUUUACCCUGGAGCGCUUCUCUUCCAGCACGGUGGACCUGACCUGCAAAAUAUGUGUGCGCCAAGUGGAAGGAGAAGGACAGAUUUUUCAGCUGGACACUACACUGUCGGAGGAUUCCCAGAGUAUUGACACAUCCCUGCUGGAUCCUGCCAGCAACAUCACGACACUGGUAGGGCCAAAUGCCUUUCGCAUCCCUGUUUCUAUCCGUCAGAAGCUGUGCGGCAGCCUGGACGCACCGCAGACCAGAGGCAAUGACUGGAGGAUGUUGGCCCACAAACUCAAGCUUGACAGGUAUCUUAACUACUUUGCCACCAAAUCCACCCCCACUGGAGUGAUCCUGGACUUGUGGGAGGCCCAGCAUUUUCCUGACGGCAACCUCAGUCGCCUUGCCCAAGUACUGGAGGAGAUGGGACGCCAUGACAGCCUUGUUCCCGCGGUGACUGAACACUGACAUCUGCCUGCCAGGGACAAGUGACAUUCCAGGGAGGAAGAAGACACAAAGUGAAUAUGAAAAGAGGGUGGACCCCCUCAAACACACCCAACACACACCCCAAAAAACAACAAAAAAAAAAAGCAGGAAAAGUCAUUCUCGAUGACAAAUGCACGCACACACACUCACAGAAGCUGCCUGUGUGUACACUCAAAGAAGUAAGGAGAUAGUCACAGCCAGGUCUACCCUGCCAUGACCCAGUUAAAUAUUGGCAACAAAGGUUGUGAAAACUUGGAGAGUAAACAAGAAUCUCUGCCAGUCAUUUUCAGGCUGUUUCUCUCCUCGUUCUUUCUCUCUCUCUCUCCCUCUCUUGUAAGAAUGAUUUGAUAUUUUUGGCUAUGGUUUCCUUGGAAACAUGUUUCCGGUUUAUUCGGAUGGACUGUGCAGAUGUGGAUGAUGCCCUCACAACAGUGACACGCGUUAAAGAGGUCAAUGGAUCAAAGGAGGAAGAUCGGCGAAAGAACGUCUCAUUCUCCAAAAAUCAGUCUCCAUGGCAACUCCAUGGAAAAGUAUGUGUUCUGUGACAACAUAGUAUUUAAUGAUAUGCCUAUUUAUACAUGUCUUUUUUUGUAUCUUAUGCUGUCUGUUACUGAACCGUAUUUCGUUUCUUCUUUCAUUGCGUUUGACUGUAUUACAGCACCACCUGGUGGACACCUGGCGCUGUAACUAUUCUUUCUGUCGGCCACAUUUAUAACACAGAGGGAACUCAACGAUCAUAAUCAUUACACCGUUUUUUAAGUGUUGUUAUAACUACUAUUAAUACUUUUAGUCAUGUUAUGUAUAAUUAUUGCUUUUCUAUUAUGGGUGAUAUUUUUGAGUUGCAUUGGUGAUUAUUUUGCUUUUUCUUUUCUUUUUUUAGCGGGAUCAUUUGGCUAACUACAUAUCUCUACAUAUCGUAUAUCCUGUUAACAAAAGGAUAUGGGAAAUUAGCCGGACUGAAAGAAAAGUCAUGAGUGAUGCAAAUUUGUGUGACAUUCAUGAUGAUGUCGCGUUCACAUAAGAUACCAGGCAGAGCGAAGAGGGAGAUGGUGCAGAAAGGGAAAUCAAACCAGUAUAUUUUUGUAGGACCAGUCCAACUGAAAACAACUGCUUUUUACCAAAUACCUGACAUGUAAGGUGAUCAUCUAAAUAUUGUCUCAAUCAACCGACGUUCAUGCGUACUUUUGGAGGAUAAGAGAUUUUAACUCAGACAACGAUGUUUGUACAUUCACUACAGAAGCCAUCAAUAUCACGAUGACACUGAUUCUGUGCAUAAAAAUGAUCUGUAAAUGUGACAUUCCUUUGAUGGAGCAGCAGUUGCGCCCAUACAAGUGUUCUUGGUUGGUUUUGUUUUUUUGAAUGGCAGUUGUCCCAGUUUUCUUGAAGCCGUCUAUGCAAACUUUGCAUCCCUUUGAAACAAUCUCUACAUUCUCAGUGGGCUAGCCUUUGCAUUCCCUAGUUGUUCUUCAGCUUCAUGAUUAAUAUUGUGUAUAGUGAGAAUGUAGCCUGUCUGUUUCUUGCACUCAUGAUGUUCCUCGCAACGGCUUGCAUUUCAUCUGUCAAGUUAUUGUACAAACUGUAAGAAAGAAUUUUUAAGACUAAUAAUAAAUUAUAUUUAUAUGCAACAUUGAAAA